UCAAAAUCAACAAUGGUAAAUCAUCGCAGUAAUUCGGCUAAAAAACCACCGCCACCAACGAAACCAAAACCAAAAAUGGAUACGAAUGAAAAAGAUCCAUUACAAGUUUUUUGUCGUUUACGUCCAUUAAAAAAUCUUACCGAUACAAUUGUUGUGCAUAAGAUUGAUGAUCAUCUUUUGCAAAUAUCACCACCUGGACAGCAAAAACAAUUGUAUAAAUUCAAAAAAGUUUUCGAUCCACAAUUCGAUCAACAUUCAGUGUUCAAACAAACAGCUUUUCCAUUAGUCAAAGAUCUGAUUGAUGGUCAUAACGGGCUUUUAUUCUCUUAUGGUGUUACAUCUUCAGGAAAAACCUAUACAAUAACCGGUACACCACAAAAUCCUGGCAUUAUACCACGAACAUUGGAUACCAUAUUCAAUACAUUGAAUAAGAAUGGCUUGCAAAAUAUUCGUUUUGGUUUUAAACCAAAUAAUCAAAAUGGUUUUGAAAUCAUUUCCACACCGGAUGCUAUUUUGAAAAUUCAAAAUGAAGCAAUCUAUUCGACACCAAGUAAUAAUAAAACACCAAGAAAACGUGAUGCAUAUGAUUGGGAAAAUCGUGUGCAAGAAGAAAUGUUCGUUAAAGACAUAAAUUGCGAUAAUAAAUAUGCUGUAUUCGUGUCAUAUGUUGAAGUUUAUAAUAAUUACAUUUAUGAUCUACUUGGUGAUCAUCAAUCAUCAGAAAUGAAUAAAUGUUCGAAACGUAUUGUUGAAGAUUGCCAGAAACGUUAUUAUGUUCAAGGUGCUAAAGAAAUUGAAGUGAAAAGUUCACAAGAAGCAUUCGAUCUUUGUAUCAAAGGUAUGAAACGUCGUCGUAUUGGCACAACCAAAUUGAAUAAUGAAUCUAGCCGAUCACAUUCAGUAUUCAAUAUUCGUUUAGUACAAGCACCAUUAGAUAAUGACGGCGUAGAAGUUAUUGAUGAUGAUAAUCUGAUACAUAUCAGUCAAUUAUCGAUUGUUGAUUUGGCUGGUUGUGAACGUACUUCGAGAACUCAAGCUACAGGAAGUCGCUUACGUGAAGCAAGUAACAUUAAUAAUUCAUUAUUAACAUUACGACAUUGUUUUGAUGUAUUACGUGAGAAUCAGAAAUUGAACACGAAUAAAAUGGUACCAUAUCGUGAUAAUAAAUUGACACAUAUGUUUAAAAGUUAUUUUGAAGGUGAUGGUAAAGUUGAAAUGGUCAUCUGCAUUAAUCCUGGUCUUGAAGAUUAUGAUGAAACACUGCAGGUAUGUAAAUUCGGUGAAGUAUCGCAAGAUUUGGUUACCAAUCGUUCAACACCUAUCAAACGUACACCAUUACGACCAAUCAAUAAUUUUUUCAUUGCAUCAUCAAUCAAUAUUGGACCACCAUUACCGGAUAAAUAUGUUGAAGAUCCAUCGGAUGAUAAAACCCUUAUGAAUUGGAUUAUGACAUUAGAGAAACGGAUGGAAAAUCAUGAACAAAAUAGUUUGAUUAUUGAUGAAUAUCAAAAAAAUGUCAGACAAAAUAUUUCUGAAUUAAAUCGUGAUAAUACAUUGAUUGAACAACAAAACGCUGUAUUGAAAAUGGAUUUAGUAGCACGUGAAAAUCAACUGCUCGAAUAUGAGAAUAGAUUCAUUCAUAUGAAACAUGAAUAUUCAGAAACAGUCAAUCGAAUGAAACUUCAAAUUGAAGAAUUGCAGCAAGAAUUGUCCACCACUAAUCAUCGAUUAGCUACAACUGAAAUCGAGAAAUCAGAUCUUCAUAAUGAAUUUCGUCACUAUAAACGAUCUAUUAAAGAAAGUUGGAAAACCGAAUUUAGACGUUUACAAAAACAUUUCAUACAAAAAGUUCAUGAAGCUGAAUUAGAAAUGGAAAAGAAAAUGGCUACAAAUCAAGAAAAAUUGGAAUUAUUACGAACAAUAAUUAAUAAUGAUGAUGAUUUAGAAUUCAUUAGACCAUCGUGGAUGUCACCAUUGAAAGUAAAACAAGAUACAGGAAAUGAACCGAUGACAACAGCAACAGGCAAUAAUAUUCAAUCACCACCUGUUAUAAAUCCACGCCAUCAACGAUCAUUGAGCACGGAUGAUGCAAAAUGGAUUGAACAUCGUCCACCAGGUACAUUGGAUCUUGGUACCGUAUUUCAGCCAAAUAUACAAUCAAAACGUAAGAAAUCUGUUACCAAUUUAAAAACAUCAGAUUUUGUUGGAAAAAAAGAUGAAAUUGCCACAAAAUAUUCAUUGACACAUCAUCAGGCAACCAACACAGGUGAUGUUGAAACCAAUGUCUAUAAAGGUGAUGUUAUACCAUCAUUAACCGGUGGUUCACAAGUCAUAUUUAAUGAUGUUGAAAAAUUGACUCAAUAUCCGUGUAUGUCUGAUUCCUUAAAUAUAACGACGAGAAAAAAUCGAAAACGUUUAGCUGAAAUGUUUGAACGUAUGACAACUACUACUACUGCCACCGCAUCAUCGUCGACAAGAUCAACACCAACAACAGUAACAUCGACGAUUGUAAAUUCAAAUGCAGAAGGAAUGGAAUUUUUGCCAUCAACAUCAUCAAAUCAACGUAAUAAUGGAACACCAACAAAACGUAAAAAAUUCUAACAGUAAAUUAAACGAAUCUUGGCUAAUUGUAAAUUCUUGCUUUUUAAUACAAACACC